GGAUGGGAUGGCGGCUAUAAAAGCGAUGUGCCUUUUUGACCAGCGCGCAGUCAAUGCAAAGCAAGCAAAGUGUAAUCAACGCGGCGGGAGCUUGAAGGCUUUACAAAGAAAAAGUUUGAACGAAAUAUUAUAUUUUUCUUUUGUUUGAGAAAUAAAAGUAGUAAUUUUUAAAAAUAGUCAUGCAAUCUUCAACGCUGAAGCGCGCGCCAGUGUUGUGCAAAUUCAAAUUUUUGGCUAGCCGCAUGCGACAACUUUUCAAAUUCGGCAAAGCGAAGCAGUUACAACACGCCAACAUUAACAGCAGGAGCAACAACAACAACAACAAUUGUGAAUUUGAAAAUAAUAAUAAUAACAACAACGAGCUGAGUAAACUUACUUUCCUGCUAACCAGCGAAAUGGCACAAAAUGCCGCCAACGAAUGGCUACUACAGCAAGCGGCCAAUGUCAAUGCCACCGCCAUCGGCUAUGGAGAGGACAUGGAACAGCACGUGAUUUGCCUGCAAACCGAAGCUGGACACUUUUACUGGAAUGCAGCAGCAAUGGUGGAGCAACAAGGCACACAACAACUCAACGAAAUCGAUUGGAAGUGAGGCGGAGCUGGGCGUAAAACGAACGGAAAAAUAAUGGGCUAGCAAUGAAGCCGGCCGCAAAAAAAAAAAAGAAUUACCAGAACGAGCUUAAAACGUGGCAGCAGCAACAGUGAUUGUAAACAUCAAUAAAACGAUGGAGUCGCAAGCUGAGUUGGGCAACAACUUAUAGGAGUAAUCAAUGGGCGCGAAAAUCAACUCCCAACUAAAAGCUAUGUACGUUACGCAUGAAUGGAGCAGCAGCUGCAAAAGCGGAGUGAGUCAAUCGAAUCAAUGUAGUAGUCAUCGUCUCUUACGUACGAACAUAUGUACGUACUUCGUAUGCCCACCGCCGAGUCAAUACGAUGAGUUCGCUAGCAAUGAAUGGAGAAACUGGUUUCUCAGCGCCACACUACGCCAUAAAAUCCAGCAUCGAUGAAUGAAUGGCAGAAUGAAUGGCAGAAUGAAUGGAAUUGCAUGCAGCGCCAAUUUCAAUUUAGCAAAGCACAGCAAACAUAAUCGCACACAUGCAUAUGUAUGUAUGUACUUGCAUCAUCUUCGUCAACGCUUUUAGCCGCCUAUGCGAGUGCUUAGUACUAACUGGUUGUACGUACCAAUUACUGGUGUUGCUGAUGCGCUUGGCGCUACAAGGAGCUUAAUGAAUGAAUGCAACUGGUUGGUUGAUUGGUUGGUUGGUUGGUGCGUUGCAUGCUAUGAGCUUCGUAAUCGCAGAUCCGGCAACAUGUUGCCGAGUGGAGUAUGCGCUCAGUGAAAUGCAACAAGUGAAAGGAGUGUAGAAUGAUUUAGAAUUAAAUGUAUUCAUUACUUUACGCUUAAAUCGUACUUGUAAAAUUAUGAAAGCAAUAAAUAACUACGCAAAAAUUUAAAA